GGGAGUCGACCACAGUGUACAGGGAAUUGUCCCACUGGAUGGGCAGCUGGGACAGCGAAGAUGAAUCGCUUGCAAGUGGCGUUGUUUUUGACGGUUUUCGUACUUGCACACGUUCAGGCCGAUGAGGCUUCAGACAAAGAGCAGGCCAAGGAGCAGGCGAAACAGAUGCUCCGCAGCAUGACCCAGAAGUGCAAGGAAGCCGAGGGGGCGUCCGACGAUGACGUAGAAGCCAUGAUAGAUGACGUCAUGCCGGAAAGCCAGGUGCAGAAAUGCUUUCACUCGUGCGUGCAGCAACAGUUUGGCGUUUCCGACGGGCAAAAGUUUCUCCAGCAGGGCUUUCUGGAGAUCAUGCUGAUGGCCGUGGGAAAUGACGAGCAACAGCAGGGACACGCCAAAGAGGUCGCGGAGGAGUGUGACGGUGUGGCGAACGAGAACCGGUGCCAGCUGGCCGUGGACAUCAUGACCUGCGUCAAACAGGGCAUGGAAAAACGGGGCAUGAAGGUGGAUCGGUGAGAAGAGCAUUCGUUGUUGAUGUGUGAUGACCCUGGCAUGUACUAAUUGACUUUAUAAAAAUGAAUCACGAGCAUUUAAAUGGAUUGAUUGCCGCAAUAAAUUAUAUUACACCGUAU